AAGCAUUUGCUGCUCAAGCUAGGGCUCAACGUUGUGAUUGCCGCGCAUCGGCAAUUUGUUUCGUAUAUCUUUUGUUCCCCAAGUCCAGGCAUGGCAUUUGGGAAGGUUCCGGAAGGCAUAAUCACAAAGGACGAGUACGACACGAGCAUUGGGAAGCUGAAAUUUCAUGAUGGCCUCCCAGAUGAGGAGACUAUUCAAAAGGUGUAUGACAAUUUGGACCGGUCACGAGCAAUGCACGCCUUUUUAGACAUGAUACCUAUGGCAUCACUUGAGGCUAUGCGAGCUAGUCUUGUGGAGGCUGGUUGCGAUGCUUGUCACAAAGCCAUUCUUUUUGAGAGCCUCAUGGACGGCAAAUCUCUUUUUCUCACCGGAAACACUGAUACCGUCUAUGUGUGCUCGAUCCUCAAUCUGGAGCGAGACGGCCCCACUGUGAUCGAAGUGCCCGCCGGAGCGGGACCAGGAACGGUGAACGAUGCCUAUUUCCGAUUUGUGGCAGACAUGGGGAGGCCCGGGCCGGACAAGGGAGCUGGAGGCAAAUAUUUGAUUGUCCCACCGGGCUAUGACGGCACAGUGCCAGAAGGUCAUUAUGUGUUCCAUUCGCCGACCUACACCAACUUCAAUAUCAUCAGAGGGUUCUUGAAAGAUGGACGUCCAGACCAUGCUGCUGCAUUGUGGAAGGGGGGGCUGAAGAUUUAUCCUUUAUCGCUUGUUGGAAAUCAACCGAAGAUGGAAUUCUUCAAUGUCUCAGGGAAAGUGAUGAACACCAUUCAUUCCAAUGAUUUCAACUUCUUCAAAGAGAUCAAUGAGUGCAUCCAAAGGGAACCCAUUGAGUUUCUGGACCCCGAGCUCCGGGGGAACUUGGCGGCCAUUGGUAUCAAAAAGGGCCAGCCCUUUAGUCCGGAUGAGCGGAUGACGCGGCUUUUGACGGAAGGUGUUGCACUGGGCAAUGCCACUGCCCGUGCGGUUUCCUUUGCACCACGUUCAGCAGCAUCCAGGCUCUAUGGUGAAGACAGUGAGUGGCAAACACUAUUUGAGGUUAGUGAUCAUCGAUGGCUGGAUGAUGGAGCGAGAACCUUGGAUGCCAGAACCAGAUUCUUCUAUAUAGCUACUCUGAAUACUCCCGCGAUUGUUCUCAAGAUGGUGGGUGUGGGUUCUCAGUAUGCGCUGGUUUUCCGAGAUGAGAAGCAUCAAGCUUUCGAUGGAGGCAAGUGCUACUCAUUGACCUUGCCACCAAACGUGCCGGCAAAGGAUUUCUGGUCAGUUGUAAUCUAUGAUGCCCAGCACAGGUCCAUGUUGCAAACUCAGCAGCUUUCCCCCGCCCGGAAUUCAGUUCGACAUCCUGACAUCAAGUCGAACCCCGAUGGUUCGAUCACUCUUUGGUUUUCGCCCAGUGCUCCGGAAGGGAAAGAGGCGAAUUGGAUACAGACGAUUCCUGAGAAGACAUGGUUCGCAGUGUUGCGACUCUACGGUCCUGGCGAGGCUUGGUUUGCUCGGACCUGGCGUCCAGGAGAAGUGCGCGAGGAACCUGAGAUGAGUCGCAAGCGCAAGGGCGCUCCUCAGUAGAAAGCAUCUCAUUUGCUGAACAGUGCGCGGCACCAAAGAGAGAAAGCAGCUACUUUUAGAGAGUAGCCUUGCACUGCCUUCACUUUCAGUUGUUGAAGGGCUUUUUCAGAUAGCAUUUUGCUGCUUUUGCCUCUUAA